AUGCCCUGGGGGACACCUGUGACCAUCUGGUGUCAGGGGAGCCUGGAGGCCCAGGAGUACCACCUGCAUAAAGAGGGAGAGUCAAGGGCCUGGGACAGACAGAAGCCACUGGAGCCCAGGGACAAGGCCAAGUUCUCCAUCACACACAUGACAGAUGUAUAUGCAGGAAGAUAUCACUGUAGCUACUUCAGUCCCACCGGCUGGUCAGAGCCCAGUGACCCCCUUGAGCUGGUGGUGGUGCCCCAUUUCACACCACCCCCUCCUCCUCUCCUAGGAUCCCAAGGCAAACCCAGCCUCUCAGCCCUGCCCAGCCCUGUCGUCACCCCAGGAGGGAAUGUGACCCUCCAGUGUGCCUCACGGAUGGGAUUCCACAGGUUCAUCCUGAUGAAGGAAGGAGAGCGCCAGCCCUCCUGGACCCUGGGCUCCCAGCCAGCCCCCCGUGGGGGGACCCAGGCCCUGUUCCCUGUAGGCCCCAUGACCCCCAGCCUCAGGUGGACGUUCCGAUGCUACGGCUAUUACAGCAACAUCCCCCAGGUGUGGUCGGACCCCAGUGACCCCCUGGAGCUGCUGGUCUCAGGUGUGUCGGGGAAGCCCUCCCUCCUGACCCAGCAGGGCCCUGUUGUAACCUCUGGACAGAGCCUGACUCUCAAGUGUCGCUCUAAUGUCGUCUACGACAGAUUUGCUCUGUCAAAGGAGGGGGCACCUGACCCUCCCCAGCAGCUUGGCAAGCAGCCCCAGGCUGGGCUCUCUGGGGCAGACUUCCCCCUGGGCCCUGUGAGACCCUCCCACGGAGGCCGGUACACGUGCUAUGGUGGACACAACCUCUCCUCCGAGUGGUCGGCCCCCAGUGACCCCCUGGACAUCCUGCUCACAGGACAUCUGCCCUACACACCCUCCCUCUCAGUGCAGCCAGGAUCCACGGUGGCCCCAGGAGAGAAUGUGACCCUGCUGUGUCAGUCACGGAGCUCUGUGGACACUUUCCUUCUGUCCAAGGAGGGGGCAGCCGAUCCCCCGCUUCGUCUUAGAUCACAGUACCGAGCUGGGCGGCACCAGGCUGAAUUCCCCAUGAGUCCUGUGACCUCAGCCCAAGAGGGGACCUACAGGUGCUAUGGCUCUGCCAGCACCUCCCCCUACCUGUUGUCCCAGCCCAGUGACCCCCUGGAGCUCCUGGUCUUAGGACCCUCUAUGGACCCCGGCCCCCUGACCACGGGGCCCCUGCCCACAGGGCCAGGCUCAGCAGACUGUCCCCAGUGGUACCUGUACGUGCUCAUCGGGGCCUCUGUGGCCUUCGUCCUGCUGCUCGGCCUCCUCGUCUUCCUCCUGGUCCAACACUGGCGUCAGGUCAAAUGCAGAAAGCCAGGGGCUGCAGACCUGGAGCCCAAGGACAGAGGCCUGCACGACAGCUCCAGCCCAGCCCCUGCCACCCAGGAGGAGAGCCUCUACGCUGCCAUGCAAGACACUCAGCCUGAGGAGGGGGUGGAGCUGGACCAUCAGAACACACAAGAUGAAGACCACCAGGGACCAAUGUACGUCCAGGUGGGCCCGUCAAGAUCAAGACUCAGGUGGGGAUUGGCCACUUCUCCUUCCCCUAUGUCAGAGGGAUUGCUGGACUUGGAGGACAGACAAGCAGAGAAAGAGAGGCAGAUGGACAGUCAGGUGGGUCCCUUCUUCCCUGAGCUCCCAGGCUUCCACCUCCUCAAUCACAAACCUCCCUUCUCUUCCCCAUUGCAGGUUAUUGCAUCUGACACCCCCCAGGAUGUGACCUAUGCCCAGCUGCACCCCUUGACCCUCAGACAGGAGACAAGGGCAUCCUCUCCCUCCCAAUCAGGGGAGCCCCCAGCAGAGCCCCAUGUAUAUGCUGCUCUGGCCAUGCACUAGCCCAGGAGGGGUCCUGAUCCCACACUCCAUGGAGGGGGACCACAGGGACCCUGGAGGGCACAGGAGUUGCCCACAGUGGGUGCCACCUAAUGAUGGCCCCAGCCAGCCUGGAC